AGAAGGUAUGGCAGAAGCUGUCAGCUCGAGCAGGGACUGCCUUCAAGCAGGAGAGUCCUGCACCAAUGACCCCAUCUGCAGUUCCAAGUUCAGGACCCUUCGUCAAUGCAUUGCGGGCAACGGAGCCAACAAGUUGGGCCCGGAUGCCAAGAACCAGUGCCGGAGCACAGUGACAGCCCUGCUUUCCAGCCAGCUGUAUGGCUGCAAGUGCAAACGAGGCAUGAAGAAGGAGAAGCACUGCUUGAGCGUCUACUGGAGCAUCCACCACACGCUGAUGGAAGGUAUGAACGUGUUGGAGAGUUCUCCUUAUGAGCCAUUUGUCAGGGGCUUUGAUUACGUCCGGCUGGCAUCCAUCACUGCAGGCUCCGAGAACGAGGUGACCCAGGUGAACCGGUGCCUGGAUGCUGCCAAAGCUUGCAACGUGGACGAGAUGUGCCAGCGGCUGCGGACAGAGUACGUCUCCUUCUGCAUCCGACGCCUGGCCCGGGCUGACACCUGCAACCGCUCCAAGUGCCACAAGGCACUGCGCAAGUUCUUUGACCGCGUGCCGCCCGAGUACACCCAUGAGCUGCUCUUCUGCCCCUGCGACGACACGGCCUGCGCCGAGCGCCGACGGCAGACCAUCGUUCCCGCCUGCUCCUACGAGUCUAAGGAGAAACCCAACUGCCUGGCGCCUCUGGACGCCUGCCGGGAAAACUACGUCUGCAGGUCACGUUACGCAGAGUUCCAGUUUAAUUGCCAGCCAUCCCUGCAGGCUGCAACUGGUUGCAGGAGGGACAGCUACGCUGCCUGUCUGCUGGCAUACACGGGGAUCAUAGGUAGCCCCAUCACACCCAAUUACAUUGACAACUCGACUUCGAGCAUAGCUCCCUGGUGCACAUGCAAUGCCAGCGGCAACCGGCAAGAAGAGUGUGAGAGUUUUCUGCAUCUCUUCACCGACAACAUCUGUCUCCAAAAUGCCAUCCAAGCCUUUGGCAAUGGGACCUACCUGAACGCAGCCAUGGCCCCAUCCAUCCCUCCCACCACACAGAUGUAUAAGCAGGAGCGAAAUGCCAACAGAGCCGUCGCAACCCUCAGAGAGAACAUCUUUGAGCAGCUCCAGCCCACCAAGGUGGCCGGGGAGGAGAGACUCCUCAGGGGCUCCACUCGUCUGUCCUCAGAAAGCUCCAGCCCAGCAGCUCCCUCCCGCCUGGCAGGCUCUCAGCUGCAGAUGUGGCUUUUCCCAGCUCUCGCCGCCAUGCCGAGCCUGUUUUUGAUGUGAAGCAGGGUGGGCAGACGCCAGGCUGUGACUCUCUUCGUGUCGGUUCCUUUGAAAAACA